AUGGACAGCUACCAGCAAUCCGACGCAAGCACUCCGGUGGAGCCUUGCUCCCCAGGCUGCGUGGACACGCCCGCAACGCAAUCGUCCGUCUUGUUUGAUGGUCAUCUGGAAGAUCUUCUGCGCCACUUCCCUCUCGACCAGUACAUCCUUGUCACUGGCGGCCUCGGCUUCAUUGGCAGUCACACAACAUUGGAACUGCUCAAGGCCAAUUAUAAUGUCAUUGUGAUCGACAACCUCAGCAACUCCUUUCAGAUCGUCUUCGACCGCAUCAAGCUGUUAGCGUCCAAGUACCAUGAGCAGCAGGGAACCACGAUGCCGUCGCUGCACCUGCAUGCGCACGACUAUCGUGACACCGCUGCUCUCCGCGACCUUUUAGAACAACACCAGACUCAGACCCGAUGGGGUACGACCAAGUCUAAGAUCUCCGGUGUCAUCCACUUUGCUGCCUACAAAGCAGUGGAGGAGAGCAUCCGUAACCCACUCAAGUACUAUUCCAACAACGUCAGCGGCCUCAUCGACUUUGCCACGACGCUGGGUGACUAUGGCAUCAAGACCUUUAUUUUCUCCUCGUCGGCCACUGUGUACGGCACCUUGGCAACUUCCGGUCUCCCCCUGAAGGAGGAGCUCUGCACUCACAAGGAGGAGAUCUAUACCGACCAUGACGGGAGUGAACGCAUUGUCCAGCCCGGCUGCACCGGCAUCACCAACCCCUAUGGCCGUACCAAAUGGAUCUGCGAGGCCAUCCUGGCGGACCUCGCCGCCUCCGACCCAGAAUGGACCAUCGUAGCUCUGCGGUACUUCAACCCCAUCGGCUGUGACGAGUCCGGCCUCCUCGGAGAAGACCCCAGACAGACGCCCACAAACUUACUUCCUGUCGUCGUCAAAGUCAUGACAGGCGAGUACAAGGAGUUGCAGAUGUUCGGCACUGACUGGGACACCGAGGACGGUACCGCCGUCCGGGACUUCAUCCACGUCACCGACCUUGCGCGCGGCCACAUCGCCGCCCUCAGUGCAGCCAACGAAGGCAAACUGGCCGAGAACUUCCGCACGUUCAACCUGGGAACCGGUCGCGGACACUCCGUCAAGGAAGUCGUCGAGACCAUGGAGGAUGUCGCCUCCAAGCACAUCCCGCGCAGGGCGGCCGAUCGCCGCGCGGGUGAUGUGGGCUCGUGUGUCGCCGUGGCCUCAAGGUCGCAGCAGGAGCUCCACUGGAAGACGGAAAAGUCACUCAAGGAUGCUUGUGUGAGCUUGUGCAAUUUCCUGGAAGUUAGUGGGUUGUCUACUUAG